ACUUUACCGGAACAGCGUGCCGGUGUCCUGCGGUGCCGCCAGCCCGUCUGCGGGCGGUUUUACUCACGCGGUGUGUGUUUCCAGUGUGUGUAAAAACAGAGCGCAAACACAGACCUGGGACAGAGAUGAGUAACAUGACUUCAGAGCAGGAUUCCCUGUGGCUGGUGGGAGUGUACAGCGCAGCGGAGGUGCUCACGGCAGUGGUGGCGUGUGUGGGGAACGGCCUGGUGUGCUGGGUCUUCGCCAGGACCCCCGUGCCGUGGGCGCCCACCCACUACUUUGUGGCGUCGCAGGCGGCGGCAGAUGCCGGCGUGGGCUGCCUGGCCGUGCCCUUCUCCGUGGCCCUGGGCUUCCAGGUUGAGCUGGACCGCCACGUCUGCCGCUUCCUGGUCGUCUUCAUCCUCCUUCUCACGCAGACGUCCAUCUUCAGCCUGCUGGCCAUCGCAGUGGACCGCUCUCUCUUUAUCAGAGUCCCACUCAGGUACGCUGACCUGGUGAGGCCCUCGAGGGUGAAGGUCAUCAUUGCGGCCCUCUGGCUGCUCUCCUUCUUCAUCAUCCUCCUGCCCUACCUGCUGUGGCCCAGAGCGUCCCCGCAGCACGGAGCCGCUGCCACGUUUGGGCCCUGCGUCUUUGAGGAAGCGAUGGACAUGCGCUUCAUGGUGUACUGCGUCUUCCUGGGCUGCGUGCUGCCGCCCCUCCUGCUCAUGCUGCUGCUCUACUCCCGCAUCUUCGCCGUGGCCCGGCAACACCUGGAGCAGGAGCAGAGGGGUCGAGGAGACGGCGCCUCGUCCUUGCUGUCGCGGGAGCUACGCGCCGCCCGCCCCCUUGCCGCCGCCGUCGGCGUCUCCUACGUGUGUUGGCUGCCGCUGCACAUCCGCAACGGGCUGACGCUGCUGCACCCCCCGUUGCGGGCACCCAACUGGCUUACGCUGGCCGCCAUCGCGCUCUCCCACGCCAACUCCGCGUUCAACCCGCUGCUCUACGCUCUCAAGCUGACGGAGUUCCGCCGGGCACUGAGGACCACCCUGUGGCCGCAGAAACCCUGGACAAGAGGGGACGCGGCGCUAAACUCGCAUCACGACUGCAUCUUGGCCACCUGCGCAGGCUCACGCAACACACUCGACACACAAGGGCACGGGGCAACACACCCAAGCUCUGCUUGAUCUGGUCCGAGUGAAACCGGCUCCUUUCUCCCUGCGACCAACAGGAGUAUUUUCUGGUAAACGGACAAACUCGUGGUAACGGAAGUUUAUAGUUAAACCACAGUGGUGUCUCACCUGGACCAACCUGCUCCAAUUUACAGGUUUUGACACAUCUCCACUAACGCUUUUGUCGUACACAUGACACCUCCAGCACCAAUAAACCAUUCUGUAUGUCAAUUACAUAAAUAUUCUUUCAUUUUAUCUUAUAUAUUUAUUUGGCAGCAAAAGUUACAUGCGAUUUAAAAAGUGUCCACGUUUUAAGCAUUUAAACCAAAAAGUAUAAAAAUGUUGAGCAACUAUGGAAGGAAAGGGGGUUUCGAGUUGUUUAGCAGGAAUAUAAAUAAUGAACACAGCUGUUUGUAUCGUGAGGAAAACGUGAAA